UUUCUGCCGUUCAACGAACCCACAAGGGAAUCUUGCCGCUAGACUUUGAGGCUGAAGUGCGAUUGCUGCCACGGAACGCCGUGUAAUAAUAGCGUGCCGAGGGACUGAGGGGCACUCUGAAACGUUUCUUUGUGGCCUCUGCGACGUCUUCCGCCUCGAUUUCUAACUGUUUCUCUACAGUUUUGUAGUUUAUCACUCCAACAUCCAGACGCCACACCGGGAAAGAGUGUGGGGGUGCACUACGUUUGAGGUAGGUUCCGCGUUUCACCGAAGUUCCGGUGGCUAGCGCCGUUUCUCGGCGUCACCCCGUCACGCAUCGCACGAUAGAGUCCUCCCUUUUUUGCAGCGGGCAUGUAGCUUGUGGAUUUUUCUCUCGUUUUCGCUUCUGGUCACGAGAUUCCCGGUUUGCUGGUUCGCGAGAUCCUGACGUCGCCGGGAUGCGCCGCGUUCGUACACUUCGCCGGCGCAUUUCUCGCCGUCGACAAGAAAGCGCGUUCUGGUCGCAGAGACAGCGUUGAAAAGGAGAGAUGGCGAGGUUGAGAGAUUCGCAUGCAGCACCGGAAACGCAGUUUACUCAUGACCGACCUACAACCGUGGUGUCUUGGUCGCAUGAACGACAAAGCUUGGCAGCUGGCCCGCAGCCGCCUUUCUCGCAGUCGCCGCGGAUGGCGCGAAUUCCACAUGUCGAUCGCCCGUGUUCCCCGCCAUAAAAAAUUGCUACGAUUGUCACCAUUUGUUUUCUGAACAUUUGAAGCCUCACUGCAAGCAACCACGCACGCAUCUUUGUUCCCCUGCGCCGCUGCUGCCGCGUCGACUUCGUUGAGGGACUCCGAAAAAGUCCCGUCGAGUAGCUUUAGAUCGUAGCAUUUCCGCCGCAUCCUGAGUCCUUUCGGACUCUUGAGGACCCUAUGGGAACACAGUCUGCUCGGGGGUUUGCAUGUUUGGACGGGCGCCGAAUGAUUUUAAAGUGUCAGUAGAGAAAACUCCACCACAGCAAAGCGUUCUCCCGCCCCCGACUUGUUUUCCUUUCGCUCUUCCUCCCACAUGCUAUCCGCUGUCUGUCCGUGCUGUCUGUGCUCUCUUUGCUGUCUUUUGCGUGUUUCAGGUGGUUUUCUCGCUGUCAGCGCAUGCGUUUCUCCGUUGUCUCAGCCCCGAUGGCGACGCCGUCGACCGCGACUGGGUCACCUCCGGUCUCUUCUCCGUGCUCUUCGUCUGUCCAGCGCCGAGGCCUGUCGCUGGGGAAGCGAGCGACCAUUCCCAGUUUCUUGGCGAGCGGCCGUCGGCCCGCGGGUCUCUCCUCUGUGUUGUCUUCGCCGAUCCGUGCGGCUGCAGCGAUCAGUGUGGCCGCAGCUUUCGCGAGUCAGGUGCCUUCGUUGACAGCUCUUCUUUCCUCGAUUUCCUGUUCUUCUCCUGCACCGAAUCCUCUCGCCUUCACCUGUUUGCCGCCGCCUGCCUGUCCACUCCCUGCACAGAAAGGUCCGCUUUCGACUCCUGCUGCGCCCAGCACCCCGCGCGAAGUCCCCAGAUCUCCCUCGAGCGCCUCCGCCUGGGCCUCGCCUGCGUUCAGCGCCUCGUCGCAGUCGCCGUGCUACUCCGCAUUUGCGUUGCCUUCAACUGCGAACGCGUGGGAAGGACGGCUCUUCUCCGUGAUGCCUGCCGCCGCGCUGAGCAGCGGCUCGCGAGGGGCGUCCGCCGCCCAGGCCGAAGGCGCUGGCUCUCUGACGACGCUUGCAGCGCCUGCGCACCCUGCGUUCGUCGUGACUUCCCAGGACACAGUGCCGGAGCUGCAUCUGGCGGUCACUGAGUACGUCCACCGGAAGACAGGCGCCCACGUGGUGAGCUUGACUGUGCCGUCGACUGAGAAGGAGAAAGUCUUCUGCAUUGCGUUCCGGACUCCAGUGGUGGACUCGACAGGCGUUCCUCACAUUCUCGAACACAGUGUGUUGAGUGGCAGCGCCAAGUACCCUGUGAAAGAGCCGUUCGCGGAGCUGCUCAAGGGCAGUCUGUACUCGUACUUGAACGCGUCGACGUACCCCGACAGAACGCUCUACCCCGUCGCUUCCGCGAACGACGAAGACUUCUACAACCUCGCGAACGUCUACUUCGAUGCCGUGUUCCAGCCUCGCGCUGUGCGGGACCCCGACGUUCUCCUCCAGGAAGGGUGGCGCUUGGAAGUCACCUCCGAAGACGAGAAAGAAGCUGCAGACGCCGUGCGUCUACGCGGCGAGGACGAGGCGCCCCGACCGCGCGAACGGAGGCGGAAACUGGCCUACCAAGGAGUCGUUCUCAACGAGAUGAAGGGUGUGUACUCCUCCCCCGAGGCGCUGCUCUGGAAGGCGCAAAUGCAGACGCUCUUCCCCGAUAUCCCCGCCUACUUCCACGACAGCGGCGGCGACCCAGAGGUGAUCAAGACCCUCUCGUUCGAUGACUUCGUUGCCUUCUACAACCGAUUCUACCACCCUUCGAACGCGAGAAUCUUCUUCUGGGGGUCAGACAAUGUGCUCGACCGCCUGAACUUCGUGGAUCGAAACUUGAACAACUUGCAAGUACCCAAGACCUGCGACCGCGCCGUUGAGGCCUCGUCAGCCGUCCCCAGCCAGCCGCUCCUUCCAAGCCCGCGGCGCGUGACGAGGACGUUUCCGGCACCUAAGGAGCAGCUGGAGGACUUCGUGACUGUCAGCAUGGUGCUCGAUCCCCUGGGAGUCGCCGUUCCAACUCCUUUUCAGCGCCAGACGCUCGGCGUGUUGACGCACCUUCUUGUUGGCACAAGUCCGAGUCCGCUGUACAGAGCUUUGACCGAGAGUGGACUCGGAAAACAAGUCAUGGGAGAACUCGAGGACGGUCUGAAACACCUGAUUUUCACUGCGGGCCUCAAGGGAAUCCCUCAGCAGAGCGCUGAAGACUCGAGCGUCGUCGACAAAGUUGAACAGAUUGUUUUGGACUGCCUAGAAAAACAUGCGCGCGAAGGCUUCUCGGAAGAGGCUAUCGAGGCCGCGAUCAACAGCCGGGAGUUUCUGCUGCGAGAAUUCAAUACAGGAACCUUUCCGAAAGGCCUGGCCGUCAUUCGAGAGAUGGCUGCUCUGUGGACUGAAGACAGAGACCCCGUCGAAGGUCUGCGCUUCGAGGAGCACUUUGAGGAGCUGAGGCGUCGACUGAAGAGCGGAGAACCGGUCUUCCAGAACCUUCUGCAAAAAUUUUUCAUCGGCAACCCACAUCGGGCGACCAUUCAUCUGCGGGCAGAUCCCGACGAAGAGGCGCGGAGAGAGGCGCAGGAAAAAGCGGAGAUCAGCGCCCUUCAGGCUUCACUCUCGAGCGAAAAACUGGACUUUCUGGAGAAGCAGACGAAGGAGCUCAAGGCGAGACAGAUGGCCGAAGACCCGCCCGAAGCUCUGGCGACUCUGCCCACGUUGAGUCUCGAGGAUGUCGACAAGGAAGGCGAGGAGAUUCCGACCUCAAUCGAGCCUUUCCUGGACGGGCGAGCCGCGAUUCUUCGUCACGUACUCCCCACAUCGGGGAUUCUUUACGCCGACGUCGCGUUUCCCCUCCACACGCUGGCCGUUGAAGACCUCCAGUACCUCUCCCUCUUCUCGCGUCUGACAGUCGAGGCAGGCACUUCGACCAAAGACGAAGCGACGCUCAUCCACCACAUUGGUCGGUACACGGGCGGCAUCCUUCCCGUCACAGACAUCCGGACGCUCCACGAAAAACAAGAUGAAGUCGCAGAUCCCUAUCUCUCUGUCGGAUACUUCGUCCUCAAAGGAAAAGUGCUGAAGCCGCAUAUUCAUGAGUUGUUCGCCACGAUGGCUGAGGUGAUGACGGACGCGAAUCUCGGCAAUGCACGGAGAGGCCGAGAAAUCUUGAAGGAAACUUUGUCCUCGCUGGAAGCUGCUUUUCUUCACUCUGGCCAUGCCGUCGCAGCCUCGAGAAUUCUGGCCUCUCUGACGACCACAGGCUACAUUAGCGAACUGAGAGGAGGCUACGCGUACCUCGAGUUCAUCAAGGAUCUGAAGAAACAGGCGGACAAGGACUGGGCGCCGAUUGAGGCGAAGCUGAAGUCGAUUCGGGGCAAACUCUUGCAGGCUCAGCGAGAACAGCUGCUCGUGAAUUUGACCGGAGAGGCAGACGUUCUCGAAAAAGCGACGUCUCCCUCGACUGCUGGCGGCCGCGCACUCGCCGCGGCCGUCAAGGCUAUGCGUCGCGACCCUCCGCAUUCUCAUUCGCCUCAUUCUUCUCGCCACUCUCACACUCUUGAUGGCAAGCGAGCGGUGACGCCUUGUCCGUGGGGAGAAGAACUGAAGAAGAAACGCGCGCUAGUGCCGACGAAGGACGAAGGCACUGUUGGAGAAGGUUUCGUCAUUCCGACGCAGGUGAACUAUGUGGGCCUGGGAGGGCGUCUCUUUAAACCUGGAGAGCCGUUCUCGGGAUCGACGGCGGUGGCGACGCGGGCGCUGUCGACCGGGUACAUCUGGGACAGCGUCCGCGUUCAGGGAGGCGCCUACGGAAGUUCGUUCCGCUCGGACUUCACGGGGAUUUUCCUCUUCACUUCCUACCGAGAUCCACACCUCCGCGAGACGCUGCAGAAGUACCUCGGCGCUGCAGAAGCGCUUCGACACUUUGCAGAAACGCUCGACGAGCGAGCGAGGACGCGCGCCAUCUUGGGCGUCAUUCGGGACCUCGACCAGCCGACGCAGAACGAUCAGAAAGGGUACCGCGGCCUCUGGGAGGCGAUACAGGGUCAAUCGAAGGAAGAUCGACAGAGAUAUCGAAGGGAGGUGCUGGGAACAAGUCCGGAAGCGAUUCGCGCGUUCGCCCAGCGCCUGGAGGCGAGUCUGCGGGGUGAGCUGCGGAGCAGGACGCUGAAGGAGUACACUCUCGACCGGGAGCGCGUCGCGGAUUCUUCUCUCCCGGAAGAUUCCUUCAGAGCGAGAAACCUCGUCACGGUCGUCGUCGGCAGCAGAACCGCCUUCGACGAUGCUGCACGUCAAGACGCAGACCUCGUGUACUCGCUGAGAAGCGUCAUGGGCGACAUCAAACCUAAUGCUAAUUAACUGAGUUAAAUGGCGAGGCCAGAACAGCCGUGAAAAGAAUAGAAACCCAGCGGAUGCAGCGCAGCUGCAGGCCUGAAGCAAUGCUGAGAACGAAGACAGCCAGAGGAGCCUCGGCACUCCCGUACGGCCAGUCCCGUGGUAACCUCGAGAUGCCCAUGCAACUGCAAAAAGCUUCAGAAAAGGACAUCUGGUGGAGCUGUCUCUACAAUGGAACAGAGACAUUCUGUUUGUGUGUGUGUGUGCAUGUAUACAUGUGUACAUGUAUGAUGCAUGUAUAUAUAUAUAUAUAUAUGUAUGUAUAUAAAUAUGCUUGUAUGCCGAAGGCACUUCUUGGAUGUUGAUGCAUGCGUAUGCGUAUAAGAGUGUUUGCCAUGAGAUCGAGGAGACAAGGGGGAGCGAAACGAGAGCUGUGAGAAGCGAGCGACUGUAUCGGGAACCGGGGGGGCGAGAAGCGGCACCUCGGGACGAAGAAGAGGAGCAGAGAACAGUGGAGGAAACGGAAGGAGCAGAAGAAACGAGAGACAAAGAAGGAAAGACCGGAGCGGCUGACCAGCAAGGCUGAUGUCCCUCUGCAGGUGUGAGUUGAGGACGAAAGACGAGACCGGAGAAAAGAAAGAAGAUACAAAAGACAAGAAGAAAGACGAGAAGGAAAGGUUCUUGUCAGUGGCCGCCACUGUGCGCAGAAGGAAAGGAUAUGUCUGUAAAGACCGCUGCGAGGAGGAAACUGAAAGUCAGAAGAAGAGAGGGGAAGAAGUGACCAAUGAAGAGGUGAAGAGCAGUGGAGACAUCGCGAGAAAAGCCGUUCUCUUGCGAGUGGAACAGGCUUGAAAUGUGAUGUUUGGACAUUUUGGAACUGCGUUUUAUGACUCGUUUUAUUUCCAUGAGCAAACAGAAGGAAAUUCUGAAGACUUUUUCACCACACACUCUCUCGAAGCACCAAGAGCGUGAACGAGAGAGAGGCACCCACUCAGAAACAGAUUCUGAGGACGAGAAGCGCCGUCGGUAAUGCAGGGACAGCGUUACAGUACGAACACCCAGCAAAGGAGAGCGGUAGAGGAACACAGAGAAGAAAAAGCGAUGCGAGAAGGGAGCCGCGGGCGCGAAAGGAUGCGACACAGAGAGAAAGAGGCUACAACGAGACACACAUAGAAAGGGAAUCGUGGAAGACAGGCAGAGAAGGAGAACUCGAUAGCUACCGACAGAGGCAUAGAGACAAAGGAAAUACAAGGAGGCCAGCCUGGAUCGAGGAAACUGAUGCGCGUCCACGCGACUAGAGACCGAGAGGCGCAUGCCAGCGGAAAGUGGAGGAACAGAAGGAGUCGC